AAGAAAACGGAGCGUGGCGCCGAACGAGUGUGUUUAUACACACAGCUUGUCUUUCGGAGGAUGAGCUGCAGCGUUUCUCCUCUUCCAUCGCAGGUUUCCCAGUGUGUGGCGCCUUUUGAGGAGGAAAUAUCAGGGGGGAUGAUGGAGUCCGGUGCAGGUUCUGGGCUCGGAUUGGCGGAGUCCUGGGACACUGUCACUGCGGCUCUGGUGUCGCCAGGCUGCCUGGUGCCGGACAGCAGACUCUCAGACUCGCUGGCAGUUUUGUGUGGUCAGGGUCUGGGUCGCUCGGUUGCAAGUUUGCUGCUGGAGUCCCUUCAAGUCCGUUUGUCGUCGUUAGUGGUGCCCGAGUUCUGGUCCGGACUGGAGCAGCGAGAGAAUGAGCUAGAGGAGCGGGACCGAGCACGAGUUCUUCUCACCGCCUUCAGGACUUUGUUGGACCGUUUGGACCCGUUUCUCGUUGUUCUGGACAGACUUGGGUCAUGGCCAGACCAAAGCCAUGCGGGCAUCUGUGACCCAGGUCUCCGGGGUCUGAGGAACCAGGUCUUCACCAUCAUCCGGGGUCAGCUCCUCUUCUCUCCAGCACCAGUUCUGCAGGAGCGGGUCCAGGAGUUCUACAGCAGGACCUUCUCUGUCUACAUGGACAAGGAGGCUGCUGCAGAGGACCCCCCUGAGGUGCCCCACGCUCCUGAAGGACAGCUGUGCCCCGGCUGCCUGAUCACAACUCAUCACUGCUGGUGUCAGGAGUCUCUGGCCACGCUGCAGGAGCUGAGCAACAUUCUGUGGAGGCUGCAGCUGCUUGAGUGGGUCAGCACAGACACUGUCACCUGCAUCCUGCAUCGUCUGAUCGAGCAGCGGAUGGAGCGGCACUGCCGUGGCGAGUACGAGCGCUCUUUCCUGCUCGACUUCCGGAAGUGGCUGGAGCUGGUUCUGGGCUGGCUCGGCAAAGUCUUCGCCUCCAAGAGUGAGGCAGUGCUCGGUUCUGGGGGUGAGUCCGAGAGCGGCGUCCUGAAACCGUGGAGAUGCCACCUGCACCAGUUCUUCUGCAGGAUCUACGUCAACAUGCGGAUUGAAGAACUUUUCUCCAUCAUCAGAGACUUCCCAGAGUCCAAAGCUGCGAUUGAGGACCUGAAGUUCUGUUUGGAGAGAACCAACCAGAGGCAGCAGCUCCUUAACUCGCUCAAGUCUGCCUUCGAGAGCCGCCUGCUGCACCCAGGAGUCCACACGUCCGACAUCCUGACCGUCUACAUCUCGGCCAUCAAGGCUCUCAGGGAGCUGGACCCGUCCAUGGUGGUCCUGCAGGUGGCCUGCCAGCCCAUCAGGAGGUACCUGCGGACACGCGAGGACACGGUGAGACAGAUAGUUGCUGGACUCACGGGUGACGCGGAGGGCUGCACUGACCUGGCCUCCGAGCUCUCAAGAGGGGACCCGGUCACGCUGGAGAUGCAGGACAGCGACGACGAUAGCGGAGACUUUGAGGACUGGACCCCGGACCCGACCGACGCCGUCCCAGACAAGUCCGGCUCCAAGCGUCGCUCCUCUGACAUCAUCAGCCUGCUUGUCAGCAUCUACGGCAGCAAAGACAUUUUCAUAGACGAGUAUAGAGCUGUGCUGGCCGACCGACUGCUGCACCAGGUCAACUACAACACUGCCAGGGAGAUUCGGAACGUCGAGCUGCUGAAGCUUCGAUUCGGCGAGUCACACAUGCACUAUUGUGAGGUGAUGCUGAAGGACAUGGCUGACUCUCGCAGGAUCAAUGGCAACAUCAGCGAGGAGGAGUCCCGCCUCGGCGAGGACGAGCGAUCACCACUUCCGCUGUCCGCCAUCAUCCUGUCGUCUGAGUUCUGGCCGCAGUUGAAGGACGAGAAGCUGGAGCUGCCGCCUCUGGUGCGCCAGUCCAUGGAUGCGUACACGCAUCGCUACGAGAAACUCAAGGCCAUGAGGACUCUGAGCUGGAAGCCUCAUCUGGGUUCUGUGACGCUGGACCUGGAGCUGCAGGACCGGACUCUGACCGACCUCACCGUGUCCCCGUUCCACGCCGCCAUCAUCCUGCACUUCCAGGACAAGAGUUCGUGGACUCUUGAUGAGCUCAGCGCGAAGCUCUGUGCCCCUAAAGAGCUGGUCCACAGGAAGCUGUCCCUAUGGCUGCAGCACGGCGUCCUGAGGGAGGAGCCCCUCGGGCCGGGGGAGGAGUCCGGUACCGCCGGUACUGGCAGCCGAUACAGCGUCGUGGAGACCAUCUCCUCGUGUGAGAAGAUGGAGAGAGAAGUGAUGCUGAUCGAUAGUGACGAAGAGAGGGACUCCAACACCACGACCCAGUCGGAGCAGAGAGAGGAGAAGCUGCAGCUCUUCUGGGCCUACAUUCAAGCCAUGUUGACAAACCUAGACAGCAUGACCCUGGACCGGAUUCACUCCAUGCUCCGGAUCUUUGUGGCAACCGGACCUGUUGUCACGGAGAUGGACAUUAGCGAGCUGGAGGCUUUCCUGCAGAAGAAGGUCCGGGAGCACCAACUGCUGGUCUCCAGCGGGGUCUACAGACUCCCCAAGACCAACUGACCUGCGGGACGGUGCACGUUCUCUCUGACUGUGUUCAUAUGUUGAGUUAUUAAAGCUGUCGUUGAAGCUGCCUGUUGGCUCCUUCUUUCCA